CGCAAACGUUUGGUUCAGCUCCAAUUUUAAUCGAUUAAAAUGUUUCAUUUAAUCGAUUUUGCCUCGGCUGUGUUCCUUAAUCGAUUAAAUACUUUCUUUUAAUCGAUUAAUUUUCGAUUUAUGCCCUAUAUCCAGCCCAGGCUUCGUCUUCUUCGCCAUUCUUCUGUUAAGAAAUCAGAAACCCUAACACCUUCUCUUCUCUAAUCUUUCUCAAAUUUCUUCCAUCUUCUCACCAAUCUUCUCACCUAAUCCUAUCAAUUUCAAAGAGGAAGGAUGCCAAGGUGCAAGAACGCUUCCUCGGGUCAAGAAACCGCGGCAGAGGAGAAUAAGAGGCCAUGGCGUCGUGAAGGGAGCAAGUACGUUCACAUACAAAUGGGUCUCGCCUUCAACACUGGGGCUUCAGUCGAGAGGUUCCACAACACCUUCCUGAUGAAGGAGAUUGUCUCUCCUAAGAUUGUGAACAAGGACCUCUUCAAAUCGGCGACCUAUGCCCCGAGUAAGUCUCUGUUUCUUCAGCAAGGUUUGCUUCGUUUCAUUCAUUUGACGUAUGAAUUCUUUUGUCCAAAUCUUAUACGUCAAUUUUAUGCAAAUCUUCGUACCACUAAGGGAGGUUCGCCAUCUCUCAUUUUAUGCAAAACCGUUUUCAUUGACGGUGUCGGUUUGACUUCUUUGUUUGGCCUUCGUCACGGUGAAAUUAACGAAAACUUGGAUGAAACAUUCCAAGAUGAAGCAAUUUGGCGACAACUCGGGUUAGAUCAUCGUGACCUCAAGUUUAGAAAUUCUAGCAACCCGAGUGUCAUUAAUCUCACUUUAAUUCAACGCGUCCAACAAUACAUCUUCUCAUAUGUUUUGUUGCCCCGUGAUUGGGUUCACUUCUUUAUCGUUGCACUUAGCGAUGGCACUCGUUUUUCCCAUCUCCGUUUUGCCAUCCCCAUUAUGCAUAUCCUUGCUCAUUGCAAAAUAGACUUUACUCGGGACACUCAGGUGCCGGUCAAGAAGACGUGUUUCAUCACUGAAGCCAAGUUUUCCCGAAUCGUGUAUCGAGAGGAGGGCGAUCCUGCACCAAAUAUGGACCUGAUAGUCGCCGAAGAAGAAGAAGAGAGCCAAAACGAGACUCAAGCCGGAGGAAGUCGAGCCACGGAGCGCGUCACUCGUCAACGGAGGACUCGUCCAAGAGAAGAAGCACCGAAACCUUCUUGGGUGAAGAAGAUCUUCGAUACUCUCACAUGAAUCCGAGAUGACGUUCGCCAGCUCAACAAGAGGAUGACUCGUCUUGAGCAAUCUCGCUCCUACCGUGGCCCGCGUCACACUUUUGGCGGAGGAGCUCGUCCGGCGAACUCUCUUUGAUUGUUAUUUCCUUUUCCUCUUGACUGAUUAUGAUACAUUGUUAUUUGUUAUGACUCUUUUGGUGGAUGAUGAUGUUUCCUUUCGAUGAUGCUAGUUGAUAUUAACUGCUUGUGUAUUAAUAUCAUUGUUGGUUUGGCAAUAUUGUUCUUAUUUAGAACAUAUUGUCCCUUUGUGGCAUUUUUUUUAAGAGUUCUCUUUUAAAGAAAACUCUUGCCUUUUU